UAGUUAUCACCCAGGUCGUAGGUCAAAGGAUACCAUCUCUGCCUCUUUUUCGUCAGUAUUUUCUUAUCAAAUAUGGCGGCCACCGAUUCAUGUAGGAAGUAGAGUUUUAAGUGCUAGAUUUAGUAGAACAAAGGCGCAUUGACGCCGUCUACAUUUAAACAUGGAGUGCUUAUAGCCUUUAAGUGGAUUACAUUCGUUUCAUUUAUUCUAACUGGAUAUGUAGUUGGAUGUAAUGUGUUUUAGGGCUCUAAUUGCGGCGUAAGUUGCUGCCAGAGCCAAGCCCUGAGUUGCCUGAGUGAGAGGAGAGAAUGGGUGCCCAGAAUGCUAAGGAACAAAAACCAAGUAUCGGAAAAAGUAAAAAUAAGACAGCAAAGGAACCAAGGGUUUCUCAGGGAAAUAUAUUUGUUGAUCACUCAGGCAAACCGCAGAUUCUCUAUAGACGUGAGCAGUCAUUUUUGGAUGAUAAAAGUUUGUUGGAGGCCCAUUUAAACCAAGAAGCACUUCUUCAACACCGACCACUUCCUGACGCUCCCCAAGACAAUCUUGGACAAAGAUGGAUGUCCAAAGAGAAUCUCCUGAACAUGGCAGCAGAAGAAGACCCCACCCUAUUUGUGGCGCUUUACGACUUUCAGGCAGGGGGAGACAACCAGCUCAGCAUAGCCAAAGGAGAGAUAGUGACAAUGAUUGCCUACAACAACAGUGGGGAGUGGUGCGAGGUGAAGAACAGAGCUGGCCUUGGAGGUUGGGUGCCCAGCAAUUACAUUGGCCCAGUCAACAGUGUGGACAAGUUUUCCUGGUACCAUGGGCCCAUCUCCAGAAAUGCUUCCGAGUACCUGCUGAGUUCUGGGAUCAAUGGCAGUUUCCUGGUUAGGGAGAGUGAGAGCAGCCCGGGUCAGAGGUCAAUAUCUGUCAGAUUUGAAGGUCGUGUCUAUCACUAUAGGAUCAGUGAGGACUCAGAUGGGAAGGUAUUUGUAACUCAGGAACAUCGGUUCAACACCCUGGGUGAACUUGUCCAUCAUCAUUCCAUACACGCAGAUGGCUUGGUCACCACUUUAUUGUACCCAGCUCCCAAAAGACAGAAGCCAACAGUUUUUGGUGUUAGUCCUGAGCCAGAUAAAUGGGAGAUAGAGAGGACAGAGAUAGCCAUGAAGCAUAGAUUAGGUGGUGGCCAGUAUGGAGAUGUGUAUGAAGCCAUUUGGAAGCGUUACAACAAAAUUGUGGCUGUGAAGACUUUGAAGGAAGACACAAUGGCCUUGAAGGAUUUCCUAGAGGAGGCUUCCAUCAUGAAGGAAAUGAAACAUCCAAAUUUAGUGCAGUUACUAGGUGUGUGCACCAGGGAACCUCCUUUCUAUAUUGUGACAGAGUUUAUGGCUCAGGGCAACCUCUUGGAUUACUUGAGACAAUCUAACAAGGAAGAUAUCGGCCCUACAGUCCUUAUGUACAUGGCCACACAGAUAGCUUCAGCCAUGGCUUACCUGGAAGCCAGGAGUUUUAUACAUAGAGAUCUAGCUGCUAGGAACUGUUUAGUCAGCGAAGCCAAUCUAGUCAAAGUGGCUGACUUUGGACUAGCCAGGCUGAUGAAGGACGACACUUACACAGCUCAUGCUGGAGCAAAGUUCCCCAUUAAGUGGACAGCGCCAGAAGGACUUGCUUAUAAUAGAUUCUCCACCAAAUCUGAUGUUUGGGCCUUUGGUGUAUUGCUCUGGGAGUUGGCUACAUUUGGUAUGUCGCCAUACCCAGGAGUUGACCUAACGGAGGUUUACCACCUCCUGGAAAAAGGCUACAGAAUGGAAAGGCCUCCAGGAACACCUCCAGAGAUACACACCCUCAUGCUUAAAUGUUGGCAGUGGGAGCCCAAAGACAGGCCCACCUUUAAAGAAAUUCAUUUCCUGUUAGAGAAUAUGUUUGAAAAGUCCAGUAUUAUUGAAGGUGAGAAUUUCAGCACCUCUUCAUUCGGAGGGUGGACAGAAGUAGAGAAAGAAUUGGAGAAGACAGAGAGAAAAGCUCCAAUUUUGCCAAGUAAGAAAGGUCGUAGUCAGGAAUCUGACUUGAUGAAUGAUGGUCGCAUCAGUGCAGGUCCUACACCACCUGUUGGUAGGAGACUGAUGCCCCCGCUAGAGGAACAGGAUGUCACGCUGACCAAAGUUAAUGAGGCCAGAAAGUCUACCAAGAGGAAACCUGGAAAGGCAGCACCAACACCUCCUCGUAGGACCACAUCUGUUAAAGAGGGAGGAAGUGAUGGGGUUGGCGCUGGGGGAGAUCUAGACUCAGAACUCAAGACUCGCAUUCGUUUGCAGAAGGUGAAGCUAGAAAGUGCUUCUCUGGCAGAGGUCAACGAAUCUGACUUUGACAAUGGGAAUGUUGAUUCAUUUCCUAGGGGAGUGAACUACCCUCAUAGCACAUCAGCCCCAUCCAUGAUUAAAGCUCAGGGCCAGUCAGGUUCUCCCACAUUCUCUAGAGAGGACAAGGCCAGUAAAACUUCAGUAGACAAUCUUAAAGCAGCUCAGAUUGACAGAUCUAAGUAUCUUAUCUCAGAAGCCAAUGCAAGAACAUUUGAUAAACAUGCACCUGAGCGAAGCAGUACGAGGAGCUUGGGUUCCAGGGCAUUGGACAGGGGAGACUAUAACCAGGAUUCAGGUCAUGGCUCUCCAUCCCAAUACCCUAAGAAAGCGCUGCUUCCUCCACAGAGGUCAGCGCUACUGCCCAGGAAAAAACACUCUGACCACAAGGGUCAGCCUGAGUUGCUGUCACAUGCUAUGAGUGUGGAUGAGUCUGAGCUAGAGGGGCCUCCUAGGGUUGGUAAGCUGGACAUGACCAAUGUAGCAAAGGCUAUCAACAGAUAUGGCACCAUACCUAAAGGUGUCAGAAUUGGGGCUUAUCUGGAAUCUAUGGAGAGGGAGCAGGAAGCUCAGGGUAGAGAUCUUCCUUCUUUAGAGGACCAGGACUCUGGGACAGAUAGUGCCAGUGUUACAUCCUGUCCACCUCUAGUUGGAGAUCACAACAUGCUAGAUAUGGGCAAUCACGUGAAAAAGGGUGAAGGGAUAAGUGAAGAUUCAGACCCAGGUAUUAAAUUAGAACCAAACUUGAGGCCCUCAGCGUUUGUGAAAUCCCAAUCUCAGCAUGGUAUAGUUGAUGGGUCUACUGGAUCAGGCCCUUUAACAUCAGCAAAUUCCAGCAACAUUAAAUCCCAGUACACUGGCCUUCUACAGAGGCACAAGUCUGAUCUCUCAUCUUCAAGCAAACCUUCCACACCUUCUGACUUAUUUACACCCUCUGACCAGAUGGUCACUUCCACAUCAUCCAGCUACCACCCAACAACAUCCGUCCAGCGCUCGGACACUGACCCCAUUUCCAGUUUAGCUGAUCAGUCACCUCUGCAGCCUGCUCCUCCUCACUCUGCACCGCACAGCACAUCUCACUUUCCUGACUUGUCAUCCUUAGGCAGGCCAAAGCCAAGCCCUCGAUUCUCUCGUCAGUUUGUGGAAGAACAGCAGCAACAGCUCCGGGCUCCAAUGAGCACAACACCCCAGAAUAACAUCAAUCCAGAAUCAAACGUCAUCAAUGAAUCUUACAGGCCUCCUUGGAUGACUGGACUCAAACAGAGGGUGGAGGAAAUAGCAGCUGGUCAGAUGAAUGGAGCGCCUAGCAAUGUUAGUUCUUUUAAAAUGUAUGCCAAGCCUUCUGUCAAUUUAAACUCAGAACUGAAGCAACCUAUUAAAGAAACAAAUCUAGACCUAGUCACAUCGGAGGCCUCUUCUGUAGAUCCAGUAAGCACAGGUAAGGAAGCUGUUGCCUAUCGCACUACUGGAAAACUUUUACCUGUAACUCCUGGUGGGUCUCAGCUUCUAGGAACAUCUAUGUCUGGCAGUUUUUAUUCUGACCCCAACCAAUCAGUAUCUUCACCGGAGGAGAUGGGGAAUGGCCAGCUUGAGCCUUUGGAGCCUGUAAACAUUGAUUCAAUUAAGGCUGCCUCAGACCGGCUGAAAUCUUGCAUUGAGAGACUAGCCGAGGCUGGUAACAAAUCCAGCACCAACUUCAUGCUUUUGUCAGAAGAAGUAAUUGCCUUUUGUGGCAUUUGCUCUCGCUACAUAGAUGCCCUCCCCCCUCAUACUAAAUUCCAUGCUCGGGAACUUUUAUCACGGAUGCAAGGCCAUAGCCAGACUUUAAAGACCUACUCCAGCUCAACACCAUCGGGUGGUGGAAAACUAUUGGAAGACAUCCAAAUAGCAAAUAAAGAGAUAUUAACUGUCAUUCAAAGAUAGCUGCUUCAAGUGAAGAGAUAUUAAGUUGUACUAAUAGUAGGCUGGACACAUCCUACUUAGGUAAAGACUAUUUUAAAUAUUGCACAUCUUCCUAGCAUACAGUCAUGGGUGUCUUUCUUUCUGUGAAGGAAAACACUGAUCAGUUAGCAUGAGUAAGAAUACAGAUAAACUCUUUGACUGAUCAGUUAGCAUUGAGUUAGAAUACAGAUAAACUCAUUGUGUUAAAUAUUUUGGUUUCAAAUGAAUUGACCUACCAUAGAAUACAAGUAGAGUGUCCAGUUUUGUAGAGCUGCUCACACAAACAUAGUUGCAUUGUAGAGUUGUGAUGGACAUUUUUGUGUCUGUAUAUUCAUGAGUCAUUUUGUAUGUCCACACCCUAGACUAGAGGAUUGGUUGUGGCUCAUGUGAUGGUGGUGACUAAAGUAUUACAACUUAUUUAUCUCCUCCUGUCAUAGUUUUGUUUUGUCAUGUUUCUACACAUUGCUUUAUAAACCAAUCACUGAUCAGGGACUGCAUAGGUCAGAGUUCUUAGACUUUAUGUAUUUAAUUAUGAUCAUUCAUGUCAAGUAAUUAGACUGUUUUGUGAGAAGAGAGCAGUUGUUGAUAAUAAAUAGUUUUAAUGACUGAUUUAGUCAUACACAUUUUUAAUUUCAAUAUCAUUAACAAUUCUUGAUUUUAAUUGAGCCAAAGUACAAUUUUACCAAGCCUUUUAUUAUUUUUAGAACCAAUUUUCUUUUAAAGAAAAAUAUAAUAUAGACGUGAAUAUUGCUUACUUACAUUUUAACUAGUAUUUACACAAAUACAGCAUUCACUGGGGUUUUAUUGUGUACAUGUCUAUCUAGUUAUGAAAUGGUAGACGUAAACAUCUCUUUCUUUCUAUUACAAACUGGCUAACAUGUUCCUUUUAAUUAAGUAUUUUUAGGGUGUUCCUUCCAAUUGAAUAGUUUUAACUGGAUUGUUUUUGUUUUCUUAUGUACAUUUUUUAAAUUUGUUUGACCUGUAAAUUAUUUACCAACUUAUUUCUGAAUGUCUUUCAUGAGUUUCAUUUUUAAAGUAGGUCCAUUGUUUUUGUUGCAGUGAGUUGUAGCAGGUUAGAAAGUUAGGCUUGAAUUCCUAUGUAUUACCUCCAAGUUAGACUCAUUUCAAUCCACAACUGUUCUGAGGAGAUGAAGUUCAAUUAUCAUCCAUUGAUGGAAAGAAAUCUUCACCUGACUGUUUGCUCAUAUCAUUAAGAAAACUACAGUUGUUUUUCUUUGAGUUGGUUAAGUCUGUUAAGUUUGUUAUUAUUAAACUUGUUUUUUGUGGUAUUAAAAAAAAGUUAUUUAAAACAUCGUGAAAUGUUGCUUCAGAAAUGAAUUCUUUUACCUCCCUGUUUUGGCAUAGAAAUACAACAUACUAACAAUAAAAAUAAUACAUAUAUAUAUAUAUAGUAGUCAUUUCAAACAAAGGCUCAGUUUAAUGUGAAACAUUUUUUUUUUUAAUAAAAGUUUUUCACUAGUCCAAUUAAUGUGAGGCUUACUGUGUAGUGACUGAAUUCAUCCAAGUAUGGUCUGGAAAAAAUAUAUUAUAUUAACAUUUGUAAUACAUUUUUUAAAAAGUUCUUGUUCAGAUUUAGAAAUAAUUUCUAAAAUUGGCUCCUAGACCUAGACUAAUUCUAGUUUGAGUUGUAUCAUUACUGAGGUACUGGCAAUGUUUUGUUUUGUUUGUUGUCUCUAGUUACAGUGUGUUACUUCUAGAUCUAGUCAUUCUACUGUAAUACAGUACUGUUAAUAUAUUUAUUUUGUCCAUAACCUGACAGGUUCAACUUGUUUGAGAUUGCUGUUGUUGGUGUUUCUAAACCGUUGAGUUUGAAAAGUGCUGAAAUGUACACAAUUAGCUCUAAAGCAUGGAUUGUAGAGCAAAUUUAUGCUGAGAGUAUACACUAUAUUUUCCUUUUUUAUUUGUAUUCCUCAUGUUGUGUCAUUUUGACAAAUCAUUUCAAAUUGGCACUGUGUCAGCUCCUACACCUUUAGCCUAACUUUCCAGUCUGUGUAAACCAAAAUCCCAAGACUAAACCAAAGAUUUUUUUUAGUCUUGUCAUUUCAGAGCAAGCACUCAGUUACUUAUAAUUUGAGGCAAUUUAUUGGGCCAGUAGUUUAGGAAGCACUGUUUUAUAGUCUGGUAUUAACAUAGUUAAGAUUCCUAAGUCUUGAUUGAAACAUUUUAUUACCAAUCUUCCCACACAACUGCUAGUAACCACAUCAAAGCAACUGAAUUAUACUUAAUACUAAUAUUUGAUUAAACAUGCUUCUUCUAUUUGACCUGAUCUACAAUAUGUGUAUGUCUAUAGAACUACUAAACCUCCAGAUAAGCAAACUAAACAUUGACAGGUUUUUGUUACUUGAUGAUUCUCAUGGUACAAGCCACCAGUCUGGACCAAACUGCUCCCACCACAGCCAGCCAUUUGUUUUGCUCAUGUUGCCAGCAUUCAGUUUGUUAGUAUCAAUUGUGUCAGGGUAGAAGUCAACACACAGCCUUGCUUUGUAUCUAUGUGUGUGUGUGUGUUGUUAGGUCAUUGUCUUUAUGCUACUGCUAGCAUUAUUUGCUCAGACUCAAGUUUUGCUCAGAAAUGCAAGACAAAGUUGUAUUCCCUUUUCUCUAAAUGAAAUGUAUAUUUUUUAAAAAUAAAAUGUGAGUCUAAAUUGCAAGCUCAACAUGUCUGGACAGUGUUACUAGAUUGAGUUGCAAUUAGAUAUCUGAUCAAUGGGGAAAACUGGCUUGAAAACCGUUAGGCAUUAAAUGUUUGCAUUAUACUGGCUAUUUUUUUUUUAUGUCUUAGUUCUCUGUUGAUGGCCCAUAGAAGGAUUAAAGUACUCCAAUUAUAUGAUGUGGUUUUUAUUUUGUUUUUGUUUUUUCAUUUUUUUUAAGUGAGUGUAUUGAGUAAAAUGGAAGUAUUUAUCUCUUAUUCAUACAAAUUUACAAGAAGAAAUAACCUCUGUAAAUAUUUAUAUAGUCAAGUGUAAAUAAUUAAUUAAAACAAAAACGAGUACACACUUUGUUGUCCACGUCUGUGACCUUCUCUGUUACAAGUUUCUGAGGAAACUGACCAGUGUGCAAUCAGUUGUGUGUGGACACAUUUUUGUACAAAAGAAAGGCUCUGUCCACCAAACAGGACAUCUUUGCGCUAUCAUUAUGAAUAGAAAGUUAUUUUUUGAAGAAUUAUUUUAUAGACAUAUUUAUUUAUUUAUUGAGUCAGUAGAGUUACAUUGAUCUGUUGAGUCUGUUAGUAGGUAUACAUUGAUCUGUUGAGUCUGUUAGUAGGUAUACAUUGAUCUGUUGAGUCUGUUAGUAGGUAUACAUUGAUCUGUUGAGUCUGUUAGUAGGUAUACAUUGAUGUAUAUGAAUUGCUGUACCAUUGUGUGGUGUCACUACUUAUUACUAUGUUGAGGUCAAAGCUACACAUAACAAUUACAGUUGACAUCACAAGUAGUGUUAUAAUAAUAAUCUUGGUUAUAACUAUAGAAACCAACAAAAAAACAAACUAUUCAUUGACACAAAUACAGAUAUUGCUCUGUGAAAAUGUAUACAUUUUUUUUUUUUUACAUUCAGAAUGGUGAAUUUCUUUAUCCUUUGACUUCUUCCAAUUUUAGAUAAGUGCCAAAACAUUUGAAUUUGGGAAAAUUUCUUAGUUAAAAUUAUUUCAGAAAAAUAUGACAAUCUGUACAUAUCAUCUAUUGUGUCUGCUGACUACAUUCAACCUUUUGGGUUAUUUAGUUAAACUAAUAAACUCCUUUCUUUGUAUUUUGUGUCCAUAGCUCAUGAAGGCUUUAGUGUUCUCUGGUUUUGAACUAGUUAGUGCUCUCUCUUGAGUUGUAUUGCAACAGAAUAAUUAAGAUAAGAUAAUUUUUAUUGAUCCUAUCAAAUGGAAAUUCAGUUUGACUACAAUUGACAAGUUAGUCUAAUGGUUGUUUUUUUACUUGCUUUCAGCUUUGUUCAAGUUUCACUUUUAGUUUGUUCAUUACAAUUUUUUUUUUUGGUGAAAUUAAGUUGUCUACUUAGCACAUGUUUCAAUUCACUAAUCCACAGUGACUAGCACAACUUUGAGAACUAAACAUUUACCAGAAGACACUAAAUCUAUCUCUAAAAGUAGUACUCCAUCAUCAGGGUUAUAGAUGUUAUGUUCAAAGGAUUAACAGGGCUUUAGAAAAUAGUUAUGAAGGUUCCAAUCCAACAAUAUUAAGGCCCAUGGUAUGCACAUCACAUUUUGCUAUCCUCCAUCCCACCUAUCCAUUUAGCUAGUUCUAGGGAAAAAAACAUUUCAUUUAGUAGCACAAGUUUUUGGUCAGAUAUUUGCAUUGUAAUUAAGCUAUUUAAUAGUCAUUGGAUUUCUUAUUGCCAAAAAGAUUGUUUCUACUUUGUUUUCUUUUAAUUCAAGGGGUAUAAUUUUGUUUUAACUGUAUACACCACAGAUGUUGCUCAUUCAUAAAGAAAUACAGAAGUCAUGUCCCCUUGUUUUAUGAAGUGCAUCUAUUGUAAAUAACUAAUGAGUACAUCUAUACUCUAUGAAGUAUUACUGUCUUGCAUUGAUUUGUCAUGUUCUAAGACUUUUAUAUUAAUUUCUUAUUGUUUGUUUCAUGAUGGGUUUUAAAAGAAUAUGCAUGAAAAGUUUUGUCCUGCUUGCUGUGUGGAAGAAAAGUGCUAUAAUUCUCUUGUACAGAACAUGAUGUACAUCUAUAACUUUAUAUAACAUACAAGAUGUGAGGUGUAUGCAUGCAUGCUGUAACUUCAGUGAAUGUAGCACACUGUCAGGUGUGUUUGUACUAGUACUUAUAACAUGUCUGAUAAACUGUAUAAAGUAAAGAUAUGUCAUUGUAGUUUCUGGAAUUUGUUUUUAAACAAUUUUGCCUGUUUGUUUUAAACUUUAUCAUUUUCUGAUCCAAUGAAAAUAUAAUAAUUUGAUUAAUAAAUUUUUGUUUUGGGGAAAAUGUGCAAAUAUUUUACUGUGUCAGUUUUAAUGUAACGCCAUUGAUGGAAUGCUCAAUCAAUCAAUAGAUGAUCAAAAUGUUGGACAUACAUGGUUGUUUGGCUAUUGUUUGUGUGACCUGAUUGAUUUCAUACUUGAUUUUCAAUCUAUAUGUCUUGUAUGUAGUGCCACAUGUUCUACAAAUGCUGUUUGUUCAUGGCCCAAUGCAACAAAAUGUUACCACCUCCUCUCUCUCCUCUCUCCUCCUCCCCCCCCCCCCCCCCCCCCAAUGAACUAUGGGAAAUCUUCAUUUCAAAGACAUCUUGAUCCAAACUUGAAAUAUUUUCAUGGUAGGAAAAAAAAAUUGAAAUCUCUUUGUGCACAAGAUGCUAAGAUACUGAUGAGAUGUCUACAUGACAAGUCACAAUUUGUUGUCUUUUUGUCACAUAGUCACAGGAUCAACAUAUUAUUUUACUAACAAUUAAAAACCUAAUAAUAAUAAUAAUAAUAAAUGCCUUUGACUUUGAUUAUGUAGCCAAUAAUGAGGUGAGGAGCAGUUCAUUGCCUUACCAGAGAUCUCCCAUCCACCACUAGUUCUUUUAGGUCUCAAUUCAUCUGCUGAGUUACUCUUGUAGGUAAAUAUGUUUUUCUGUAGGACAUUCUGUUUUCUAAUCAUAAGUGUUGAAAAUGUUUACUGGGAAUCAAUUUAAUACUGCUUGAACUAGUCACAAAUAGAAUAGGCCCAGUUUGGUUGCUGCAAUGAAACAAAUGGACCUGCACUGUUUUAGUUUUGACUAGUUUUAGGAACACUGAAUUGCUUUGUUCACCUUUCAAGAAACAAAAAUGGUCAAAAUUACUUUUAGGAAAAAAUUUUUUUACCAUCAAGCCUUCGUUAAGUAAAUGUUGCAAAACUUUUUUUUUCUAAACUUUGGUCAGACCUUACAAUUAAAAGGUUAGAAUCAUGUACAUGUUAUGAAAAUUAUAAGUGAAUUCCUGACUUCAUCUAGUAUUUACUUUAACUUUUUAUAACUAGUAGCUAAUGUUUUAAAUUCAAGUUAUUUAGUGCAUUAGUCAAUUUUGUGUUAAAAUAUCUCGUGUUAAAUUUCCCCCAAGCAAAAUUUUUUUUUUAACACAUUUGGUUACAAACUAUUUCCACCAGCAGUGUGAGAAUUAAGGUCCCAUCAACUAUUGUAUUUUUAGUUAGCCUGAUUUGAAACAUUUCUGUAGGUACAUCUAUAACAAGUUGUAAUGGAACAUGUCAUUUAAAGUGCAUUGUUGGCUUUUUUUUUUUUUCUAACAUUGUCACUUGCCUUUGGGAUGGGCUGUCUGAGUGGUCACUUGCCUUUGGGAUGGGCUGUCUGAGUGGUCACUUGCCUUUGGGAUGGGCUGUCUGAGUGGUCCAAUGCUCAAGGGCCUUGAGUUGGAAUUCCAGUAAUUCAUAGAAGUUAGUUUUCAGGUAUUAAAUAAUUCCAAUACCAGCAUGAGUACCUCAAAAAGGUUCUGGAAAUUAAAAGUGGUGAUUGUUUUGUCCCCCCCCCUUGUUCACUGUUGGUCAUUCAAAAUUGGGAUGGGCUGUCUGAGUGGUCCAAUGCUCAAGGGCCUUGAGUUGGAAUUCCAGUAAUUCAUAGAAGUUAGUUUUCAGGUAUGAAAUAAUUCCAAUACCAGCAUGAGUACCUCAAAAAGGUUCUGGAAAUUAAAAGUGGUCAUUGUUUUGUCCCCUCCCCCCCCCUUGUUCACUGUUGGUCAUUCAAAAUUGUUCAAAUUGACAUAAUCUGCCCAACAUAAGGCUAGGUGUCAAUGGAAAACUUUUUUGUGUGUUCAAUAUAUGCCUUUUAGAUUUGUGCUGUCUUGUUUUGAAUGACUGACUGCAACAUGUUUUUAUUUUUACUCUUGAUGUUUGCAUUCUUCAAGUUCUUGUCUGUUCACUAUGUAAUGUGAAGGAGUCAUGAUGUUAUUUGACUAUGUACUACUGUCUAUUACCAGACCAAAAUAAAGUUUUACAAACAUUUA